AUGGCACAAGAACUUCGUUUUGAUGGUCGUACUGUUAUAGUUACAGGCGCUGGUGGUGGGCUUGGACGUGCUUAUGCACUCGUCUUCGCUUCUCGAGGUGCUAACGUUGUAGUUAAUGACCUCGGAGUAUCACGAGCAGGUGAAGGUCACUCGUCCGCAGCUGCUGAUAAAGUAGUUGAUGAAAUUAUCGCUGCUGGUGGUAAAGCUGUAGCAAAUUAUAAUUCCGUUGAGGAUGGUGAUAAAAUAGUAGAAACUGCUCUCAAAGCAUUUGGUCGUGUUGACAUUGUAAUCAAUAAUGCUGGUAUUCUACGUGAUAAAUCUUUUGCAAGAAUGACUGAUUCUGACUGGGAUCUCAUUCAAGCUGUUCAUGUUCGUGGUUCAUACAAAGUCACAAAAGCUGCUUGGGCUUUAUUCCGUAAACAAAAGUAUGGGCGAAUCAUUAAUACAGCUUCUGCUGCCGGUAUUUAUGGUAACUUUGGUCAGGCUAAUUAUAGUGCAGCUAAACUUGCAUUGGUGAGUUUUACAAAAACACUUGCUAAAGAAGGUGCAAAAGAUAAUAUCCAUGCCAAUGUUAUUGCUCCAAUUGCUGCAUCUCGUAUGACGGAAACUAUUAUGCCACCAGAUGUUCUUGAAUCACUUAAACCUGAUUAUGUUUCACCUCUUGUCCUCUAUUUGUGUCAUGAAUCUACCGAAGAGAGUGGUAGUUUAUUUGAACUUGGUGCUGGUUUCGUAGCUAAAUUACGUUGGGAAAGAUCAAAAGGUGCAAUUUCAAAAGCAGAUCCAAAUUUCUUACCUGGAGCUGUAGCUGCGAAAUGGAACGAAAUUACAGACUUUUCUAAUCCUACUUAUCCUAAUGCCAUAACUGAUACCGAUUUUGUUAGUUUAUUGGAACAUGCAAAAUCUUUACCACCAAAUCCUAAGUCAGAUGAUUUCAAAUUUGAUGGUAAAGUUGUCUUAGUAUCAGGUGCUGGUGGUGGUCUUGGUAAAGCUUAUGCUUUAUUAUUUGGUAGAUUAGGAGCUUCAGUAGUUGUGAAUGAUCUUGGAGUUAAUACUCAUGGGCAAGGAAUAUCGGCAAGUGCUGCCGAUAAAGUAGUCGAAGAGAUAAUUAAAAAUGGUGGUAAAGCUGUGGCAAAUUAUGAUUCUGUUGAAGAUGGUGAAAAACUUAUUGACACAGCCAUAAAAGCCUUCGGACGUAUUGAUGUUAUUGUAAAUAAUGCUGGUAUAUUACGUGACAAAUCAUUUGCAAGAAUGACUGAUCAAGAUUGGGACUUAGUACAAAGAAUUCAUUUACGUGGAACUUACAAAGUCACUAAAGCUGCUUGGCCUUAUUUCAUAAAACAAAAGUAUGGUCGUAUAAUAAAUACAGCAUCUUCAGUUGGUCUCUAUGGUAAUUUUGGUCAAGCAAAUUACACAAAACUUGGUAUACUUGGUUUAAGUAAUACUCUUGCUUUAGAAGGUCGUAAAAAUAAUAUUCUGGUGAAUACCAUUGCACCUAAUGCUGGUACUCGUAUGACUGCCACUAUUUGGCCACCAGAAAUGGUUGAAGCUUUCAAACCUGAAUAUGUAGCACCAUUUGUGGCAUUCCUUGCUCAUGAAUCAUGUCCUUCAACCGGAAAUGUAUUUGAAGUAGGCGGUUGUUGGGCUGCUCAAGUUCGAUGGCAACGUUCUGGCGGAGUUGGUUUCCCUACAUCAAAACCAUUGUUACCAGAAGAUAUUCGAUCUAAAUGGGAUGCUAUCACAAACUUUGAUGAUGGUCGUGCGACUCAUCCUAGAACUACACAAGAAGCUCUUCAACAAUUCUUUGAAAACUUUGCUAAUGCUCAAUCGGCUGAAGCUAAAAAUAAAACAAAACCAGAACAAUCUAGUUCAAGUAAAAUUGAUCUAGAAGCUGCCAAGAAAAUGACAUUCGAAAAACUCGAAUUCAGUUACAAUGAACGUGAUGUUAUUUUAUACGCUUUAGGAAUUGGCGCAACUCGAAAUGACUUACAAUGGGUAUACGAAAACAACGAAAAUUUUUCCGUUGUACCAACCUUUGGUGUUACUCCAGCAGUUAUUCUCACGAGUUCGUUCCCACUCACAUCAAUUUUGGGUGAUUUUAAUUUUAUGAUGCUUUUACACGGAGAACAGUAUCUUGAAUUAAAGAAGCCAAUUCCUACUUCAGGAAAAUUAUUUUCAACUCCUCAUAUCAUUGAUAUUCUUGAUAAAGGAAAAGGAGUAUCUAUUAUUAUUGGUAUAACUACCACAGAUGAAAAAGGCGAAGUAAUAUUUAUAAAUGAAACUAGUUUAUACAUUCGAGGAAUUGGUGGUUAUGGUGGAAAAAAGACGGGAGAAGAUCGAGGUGCUGCAACUGCACCUAAUGUACCACCCCAAAGAGCACCUGAUGCUGUCGUUCAAGAAAAAACUACUGAAGAACAAGCUGCAUUAUAUCGUCUUAGUGGAGACUUGAAUCCAUUACAUAUUGAUCCUAAUAUGUCCGCAAUGGGUGGUUUUAAAGUUCCUAUUCUUCAUGGAAUGUGUACUUUUGGUAUUUCAGGAAAGCACGUUAUUACAAAAUAUUGUAAUAAUGAUCCGAAACUUUUCAAGAGUAUCAAAGGACGUCUUGCAGUACCCGUGUACCCUGGUGAAACACUUGAAACACAAAUGUGGAAGGAAGGAAAUAAAAUUAUUUUCCAAACACGUGUCGUUGAACGUGAUGUCAUUUGUUUGACUUCAGCUGCAGUAGAAUUAAAUGUACCUGGAGGUAGUACCGAAAUUACAAAAUCUCCUAGUGGAAAUAGUGGAAAUCUUAAUGUUCCUGGAUUCAAAGCUUCAGAAGUAUUUGAACAAUUAAAAGCUAAAUUGGAUUCAUCUUCACCAUCAGAACGUCAAGCACAAGUUAAGAAGGUCAAAGGAUCCUUCCAGAUAGAUGUUACGAAUGCUGAAGGAAAAAAACAAUCAUGGUAUAUUGACUUCAAGAGUGGUGAUGGUUCUAUUGGAGUCGGUCCUUUCCCCAAGAAAGCAGAUUCUAUUAUUGGUGUUAGUGAUUCCGAUUUCUUGGAUUUGGCAAGUGGUAAAUUAAAUGCUCAGAAAGCAUUUAUGGCUGGUAAACUUAAGGCAAGUAACAUGAUGCUCGCUACUAAACUUGGGGAUGUGUUAGCGGGAGGAAAAACGAAAUCGAAGUUGUAA